AUGGGUACCGCGCCAAGUGCGGAGAUCGUGCCUGAUGCCCCUUUCCGUGUCCCACAAAGCGGCGUGCGGCAGGUGGCGCUGAUCCCCAUUGUGGAGCAGUACUUUCCUACCCCUGACUGCCCGCUGUUCAGGCAACUGUACGAAGCCUACACCGACCCAUCGGUGCGCUACUACAUGCGGCCCAACUUUGACGGCAAAAGUGGCGACCUCAGUUGCAUCCCGCCCAUCGAGAACUCGCGUGAGGACAUGCACCGCCUCCUGCUUCGGCACACCGCACAGGGUAUGUUUCCGACCAAUGCCGCCGUCCGCGAGGUCUACGAGGUCGGCGACUUCUACCGUAUCCGCCCCAUGUUGUGCGCUGUUGUGUUUCUCUACGAGGGCACGAGCUACGUGCCGGAGGGCAGCGUGCAGCUUCCGUCGCCGAGCCGCAGCGGCGCGUCGGCGUUUGCGAAGGUGAUCGGCAUCAUCGGUGAUACCUGUGCGUUGGUGAAAAAGCCAGACGACCCGCUCAUUCCUUUUCGACGCGACGACGUGCUGAAGAUCCGAACGUUGAUUAUGAAGUCGGCCGGAGACCACAACAUGUCCCGUGUAGUCCUGCUCGCCGCCUACAUCUACUACCAUCAGUGCUGCAGAAUCAUCGGUCUGCCGAACGUGCCUGCGCUGUCGGCCAGCUUCACGUGCUUUAAGACCAACAUUCCAUUUCUGUGCUUUCUGCGAGAGAUGCGGGAUCGCAUGGCAAACGUUCUGGAGGCGCCGAAACGAUCCAAAUUUUACAUUGACGAGUACUGCCUCCACGGCGCGGUGAGUCGCGAGUAUGUGGCCAAGAUGAUGCCCGCCGUUGCCUGCUACUACAUCUCCUUCCUGAAAGCAAAGUCAGAGCAGCGAGUCUUGAAGCAACUGUCGCAUCAGCAGUCUAUCGUGACGGGUUGCGCUGGAAAGGAUCGCGCUGGGCUGACGGGGAAAGCUUUGAUGAACCGCGCUGAGACUCACGUUGGCAGCGUCUACACCGAUGUCUUCAACGACCACGCAUCCCUGGCCGUGAAGGCGGCAGCGUUGGAGGGUGCGUUGAAGAGCGGGGGCAGCACUCCUCCGAAGAUCACCUACGUGGUGAAGGGGUACGUCACUCGCGCUGUGACAAGCAUCUCGAACUGGAGCCACGCGGCCAACGAGGUGUACGUGGUCUGUGUGGACAGCACCGUGACGGUGGUGGAUCGCGCUUCGGUAGAGGCCCUCGAUGGACCGACGCACACGCCUUCGCUGGCACACCAGCCGGACCUGAACGAGGACGCCGAGGCGGCCGACAGCACGACAUCGGCGGUGGUGGAGACUCUUCAGGUGCAUCGGGGCGACAUACUCUCCUUCUACGUCCCUCCGAGCAUCUGCAGCACUGGUGCCAGCCCAAGUCUCAGUGUUACCACGGCGCACGAUAUCAGCAAGGAUGAAGAUAUCUUCUAUGGUACAUCAAACCUCGAAGCGCUAAAGUUCUGCUCGAACAACACCUCGUUGUUGUCGUCUUCGUCGUCUGAGGCACCGUCGCGCUGUGGCUCAGCGGGUUUCGCUCUCGAUGCUGCGAAGGGUGCCUCCGAUGAAGACAGCACGUCCGCGGAGGCCACCCCCUCCAGCGGAGCGACCGGCCUCGACGGCGAUGCCGCCUCCUUUGAGGCGAAGAAGGGCAGCUGGCGCGUCGACGACAACAUCUUCAUCGAGAGCGUCCUUCUCUCCCUCGUGCGUGAUGAGUGCAAGCUGGCGCGUGAGGCGACGGAGCAGGACCCGGGGUGGGUCUACGACGAUGCCAACAAGUCCUGUGUCCACGACGGCUCCUUCUACGUGUGGCACUUCCGUCGUGGCCACGAGGACUUCUAUUACGGUACCGUGCCCAAGUUUGCCAACCCGAACCGGCAAUCAAACCGCAAAAACGGCGGCUGCAGUAGCGGUAACGCAGCGCAGGGCAAGGUUGACCGCGGCGGCGUCGGCGGGGCCGGGGCUUCGAGAGAUCCGAACAGUGGUGUCCGCAGCAUCGGCGCGCGCGGGAAGAAUGGCGACACAUCGCCAAUACUGCCGCCGACGCCGGCCGAUGCGCUGCCGCCAAGCGUACCUCCGGUGCGCAGACAGAACAUCCUCUCCCAGCCACCCCAGUCCUCGAAGCUGCCGCAGAAAGGCGUGUUGCUGUCCCGCCCCCUUUCGGCGGCGAGUCCAGACAUUCAACAGGCGUACCUCGCGUCUAUCGCUGCUGGGGUCUCGUUGCCACAGCCUCCCGCGUACGAUGCAAGUACGCAAUCUGCAGUGCAAGCUGCCCCAAUGCCGUUUGCAGGCAGCAUUGGCCAAGGCCACCUCAAGAAUUCAAUGUAUGCCACAUACCCCGCGGAGGCGGCGGCGAUGGCGCCGGCAGGCGCCCCCGUGAUGUACACCUUCAUGCCUGUCAUUCAGGGUCAGAGUGAGAUGUCGCCGGCGCCGCAACAGCAGCUGCACACCUUGCCUCCCCAGGGAAUGUACAGCCAUGAGGUGCCUCCUCUGCCCCCGUCUCCUCCGCAGCAGCAAGAAGUGUGGGGCGUGGCGGGUGCUGGCAACGUUCAAGGCACCGCAGCAGCAUCCCAGUCGGUCGGGACAUGUGCCGUGAAUGCACUGGGCCAACUCGUUGCUGUAGGGGGCUUAAUGGGCAGCGGGGUCGCGCCAGCGCAGCAGGUGUCCUACACCCCGUCUGUCGCUGCCGCCGCACCGCAGUCGUACCCAAGCUAUGUGAUGGUGAAUGGGCAGCUCUGUAUCUUGCAAUCGACCGUGGCCACCGCCACCGCCGCUGCACCAUCCCCGAUGCUAUCCUAUCAACAGCACGCGCACAUGAUGGCCUUCAGCCAGUGA